AUGUCCGUUAUUCCUACGAAUGCCAGUCGGAGAGCGGAGUCGGAGAAAUAUAUAAAACAGCAGAAGUUGUGUUUUUUAAAUUGUUUUUCUAGAACGCAUCUCCUUAGGGAUUGCACUAGCACGCAUAAUUGCAAUACUCGUAGAGGACGCCACAACACUCUCCUGCACCGAAACGGCACUCCACCAGUCCAAUCAGCGGUCAAUCCUGACCACCAGCCCCACGUAUCCACAUUUAACCACCAGCAAGAUAUACAGUCCACUCCAUUAACGAAUCAACCGAAUGUGCAAACGUUUCUGGCUGUAAACACUCAAGGGGUCCUCCUGAGUACAGCUUUAAUAGAGAUUUGCCAAAUACUCAAAUACUCAGCACGGGAACUUAUUGACUCGGGUUCUGAGGCAACCUUUAUUUCAGAACGCUUGUUUAACUUGAUUAAGUUGCCUUAUGAAUCCAUCCUUGCUCAAGUUUCAGGGCUCAACCUCACUGUUGCGGCUCAGCCCCGUAAGCGCUGUCAACUCAGCAUAGGUUCUCCCGUCAAGCCCCACAUCCAAAUUAAAACUUCUGCAUAUGUACGACCACAACUGGCCGGGAGUUUCCCAUCCUUUACUUUACCUGAAGACUCUUUGGAGCAUUUGCCGCCUUUGCAACUAGCAGACCCAACUUUCUACCGGAGUUCGCAGAUCGACGUUCUGAUUGGUGCCGAUAUCCUGCCAUCGAUCAUUCUCAGCGGCUCCCAUUCCAAUAUCUGUGGCACGCUUCUUGGCCAGGAGACCAUAUUCGGAUGGAUUCUUAGCGGUCCGAUCGCAACAAAUCCCACAAGCAGAAUAUGCUAUUUUUCGUCCCGACUAGCUGUCACUGAGACCAGACUGGACAACAUUCUCACAAAAUUUUGGGAGGUGGAGGAUGUUCCAGUGAAGCUGGUUAGGGAAUCCACCUCGAUUUGCGAGGAAAACUUUGUCCAAUCUACCAAAAGGAACGAGGAUGGGAGGUCGAUCGCACUGGCUCAGUUCCUCCGAAACGAGAUUCGACUGAAUAAAGACGUUUCGUCAAAAAAGCAGUAUUUAGAGUAUUUAGAUUUAGGUCAUAUGCACCAAGUCUCUCCGAACGACUCUAAUAAUUUUUAUUUGCCCCAUCAUUCUGUCUUCAAGCCAGACAGCACCACAACGAAGGUUCGCGUUGUGUUUAAUGCUUCCAAUCCUUCAUCGAACGGGAACAGCCUCAAUGAUAUCCUUCAUGCGGGGCCCGUACUGCAGUCCGAUCUGACUAUCCAGAUUCUAAAAUGGCGUUUCUUCAAGUAUGUUUUCAAUGCUGACAUCACAAAGAUGUACAGGCAAAUUCGGGUAAAUUCGGCCCAUACGCGCUUUCAGAGAAUCCUCUUUCGCAAUAAGGACGGAGAGCUCUGUGACUAUGAACUCGAUACAGUCACCUUCGGCGUAAACUAUGCGCCUUUUCUAGCCAUCCGCGUACUACCACAGUUUGCUCAGGAUAUCCGAGGCCAAUAUCCUUUGGCAAGUGACAUUAUCUCGAACUUCAUGUACGUUGACGAUGUGCUCGCAGGCACUCACACUAAGCGGUCGGCAGUUUUAGCCAUCGAGGAGCUUCGGCUGGCUCUUGAGAGUGCUGGUUUUCCAUUACGGAAGUGGACCUCGAACGAAAGAAAACUCCUACAAGAGGUUCCAAAGGAGCACUUGAUUAGUGCAGACUUUCUUGAGCUUGAAGAGUACGGCUAGUACGGCGAAAACUCUUGGGAUCCGUUGGCAAGCUACAUCUGAUAGUUUUUAUACCCGAUACUCGUAGAGUAAAAGGGUAUACUAGAUUCGU